UUAUUUCUUUCCAGUGGUCGCCAGGUGUUGUGUGGGAGGGAGGGAGGUCGAUGAUGAUUACGAGGACAACGAGGAAGUGGAGAAAUCCAACUGAAAUCUUGAAAUUGAUGCUAACACCAUCAUCAUCAUCAUCAUCAUCAUCAUCAUCAUCAUUAAGAAGUAGAUCAGUGCUAUUUGGGAACAAUUUUAGCAGCUGCAAUGGUGUAGAAGAAGCAGUGCCGAGAGAGAGGGUGGAUUGUGUAGUGAUCGGAGCAGGAGUGGUGGGAAUAGCUGUAGCCAGAGAUCUCUCUCUGAAACUAAGAAGACAAGUUCUGGUAAUCGAUUCUGGUCCUACGUUCGGGACAGGAACUAGCUCUCGCAACAGCGAAGUCAUCCAUGCCGGCAUUUACUACCCUCCCAAUUCCCUCAAGGCACUGUUUUGUGUUAAAGGAAGAGAAUUGCUGUACAAGUAUUGCAAAGAACAUGAUAUUCCUCAUAAACAGAUUGGUAAACUCAUAGUUGCUACUGGAUCUUCAGAGAUUCCAAAGUUGAAUAGUCUGAUGAAUCUUGGGAUUGAAAAUGGGGUUGACGGUCUAAGGAUGAUGGAAGGUUAUGAAGCCAUGAGAAUUGAGCCUGAAUUGCAAUGUAUUAAAGCUUUAUCAUCACCCGUGUCAGGAAUAGUUGAUACCCAUUCCCUAAUGUUAUCGUUAGUGGGGGAAGCUGAGAGUUACGGAACGACGUUCUCCUACAACACUACUGUGAUUGGUGGUCAUCGUGAAGGAAAUACUAUUUGCCUUCAUAUUUCUAAUAGCAAGGCUCUUGAAAAUUGGGAUGGGAAAUCUCCGUUGCAACCAGAGCUUGUACUUGUUCCUAACUUUGUAGUGAACUCUGCAGGCUUGAGUGCUUCGUCCCUUGCAAAGCGAUUUGAUGGCAUAGAUAGUGAAGUUAUUCCUUCUUCCUAUUAUGCUCGUGGUUGCUACUUCACUCUGUCAAAUGUUAAAUCUUCGCCUUUCAAGCAUUUGAUUUAUCCCAUUCCCGAGCAUGGUGGCCUUGGAGUGCAUGUUACUCUGGAUUUGAAUGGCCAAGUCAAAUUUGGCCCUGAUGUUGAAUGGAUUGAUGGUGUUGAUGAUAUUUCGAGCUUCAUGAACAAGUUUGAUUACUCCUUACGCACAGAUCGUGUAAACCGAUUUUACCCAGAGAUAAGAAAGUACUACCCUAGUCUGAAGGAUGGAUCUCUGGAGCCUGGAUAUACUGGCAUUCGACCCAAACUUUCUGGUCCCAAACAGGGUUCUGUUGAUUUUGUCAUACAGGGAGAGGAAAUUCACGGAGUACCCGGCCUUGUAAACUUGUUUGGAAUUGAAUCACCAGGUCUAACUUCCAGCAUGGCAAUUGCGGAGUAUGUUGCUGGCAGAUUGUCAAGAUUGUAGACCACAUCAAAUUGAGUCAAGUUCAAUGUCCACUGUUUUAUUUGUUUUGUUUCAGUCAAAGAAAAUUCAAUUGGUGAAAAAUAGUGAAUAUGAAAGUCUCUUCAACUAAGCCAAGUGUGCUUAAGUCUAUCAUUUUGCUACAUACCACAUACAAAGAUCUUGGUGGUUAUAUCAUGUAUGCUAUUCAUGUAUUAAUAUGAACAAUGUUGAUCCAAAGUCCAAACUCUGUUUAAUUCAGGUUCCAAUCCAGGACACCGAGAAAAAAAAAGAGUAGGCUUUGUUUGGUUUUGGUUC